UCCGAUUUAAAGCCUGGAAGAGGCGUUUCGGCAAAACAGCCGCGAUGUGCGGCAACAGACAUCCCGGCCUCCUGCCGCUCGCCGCGAUCCUGUUGUGCGCGACGAACCAGAAUGCAGCCCAGGACGCUACAACCAAAUACGUCACGGUGAAGACGACCAACGGCCAUGUGCGCGGCAGACUCCUGGACGUGGACGGCGCCUCCGUGGCGCAGUUCCUCGGCAUACGGUACGCGGAGCCUCCGGUCGGAGCGCUUCGCUUUCGGAAGUCCGUGCCAGCUCGAGCGUGGCACCCGGACACUGCGGAUGCCCUCGAAUUUGGAAGCCCCUGUGCCCAGGCCAACGGUUCCUUGCCUCCGGUGUCGUGGCUCGUGCCCCGCGACAAAGUCAGUGAGGACUGUCUCUUCCUCAACGUCUGGUAUCCACUGGGUGACGGCCAGGACACCCUCGGAGUCAUCGCGUGGAUUCACGGCGGUGGCUACCGCGCUGGCACGGCCUCCGAUCCCGACUUCGACGGAAGGAAGCUGGCGGCGGCCGGCAACAUCGUGGUGGUCACGAUCAACUAUAGGCUCGGCUCGUUCGGCUAUCUCUACACCGGUCCGGGCACGUCGACCGGCAACUACGCGCUCUGGGACCACAACUUGGCCCUCCGCUGGAUAAGGGACAACAUCGCACGCUUCCGCGGAGACGCGAAACGGGUGACGGUGUGGGGAGAGAGCGCCGGUAGCAUAGCCGUCGGCUCCCUCCUCCUGUCGCAGCAGAACGCCGGUCUCAUCCACAGGGCCAUCCUGGCCAGCGGAAGCAACUUCUGGCUUUUGCCACCUAUGAAUAAAGUGGGUCACGAGUUCGCCGACCGGAUUGCCGGGCACGUGGGUUGCCUGGACUCCAAGAAGCCCUCUUCCAAGACGCACCCGGGCCAAGUACUCCGGUGCCUGCGCUCGGUGCCGGUCGAUGCCAUAAUCGACGCCGAGCAGACGCAGUUUCCCGACGACCUCGUCACCUUCCGUCCCGCCUUCGGUGACGAGUAUCUGCCGUUGCCGGACCUGACGAGCCUGUCGAAGAGCAUGUUCAUUCCUCUGGACAGCCUGCUCGCGGGGGGAGUCACAGAGGAAGGCAGCCUGUUCCUGUACUUCAAGGACCACGUCCUCUUCGGUCCCACGAUGCCCGAGCUGACCAGGAAGCAGGCUUUCGACUUCGCCCUUAAGCACUACUUGGGAGUCCUGCCCGAGCCCGUCCAGACGAUGAUCAGGGAGUUCUAUCAGAAGAACGUUACCAGCGACGAAGACUGGCGAGGCGUCUUCCGAUCUCUAAUGGACAUGGUGGGCGACUAUCUCAUCUUGUGCCCGACCAAGUUCCACGCGGAGCUGUUCGCAAAGACCAAUCGCCCUGCCUACUUCUACAUGCUGGACCACCGGUCCAAGAAAGGCCGCUUCCCACCAUACAUGGGCUCUAUGCACUUCGAGGACGUGCAGUACUUCUUCGGCUUGCCGUUCGUAUUCCCUGGCCGGCACACGGACGAGGACCGAGCUUUCAGCCUGCUCUGCAUGCGAGUCAUCGGCGCGUACGUCAACACUGGGAAGCCUCAGCUGCCCGAGGGCGACAUCGAUUGGCCCGUGUUCACCAAGGAGCAGCCGACGCAUGUCAUGCUGCGCGCGGGCAACAGCACCAUCGAAUGGGGAUUCCAUGAGGACGGCUGCAACCUGUACAGGAAAAUCUACGAGCUGUUCAACAUCAGCACUCCCUGACAGCCACACGACCUCGGGGUUGCUGUCGUGACCAGAUGCGGCUUGAAAAAAUAUUCCCCCGGAGCAGAUUGGACGCCACACGGGUCCGUCUGCACCUUCCUUUUUCUGCAGACGAUCGAAACUGUGUGGUCGUUCCGUUGCAGUGGCGAUGCGCUGUUCCCUCCCGGAUGAACAUUGUUAGGAAGGUUCAAUGGCCCUUUUGCAGCCAUAAUUUCUUAAGUUCCAGGGAGAUCGUUUUCCGGUCAAAGCAGCCUGUACACAUAGCUGGCUCACCUUUGUAUGUUGAUUUAUUCGAAUAAAGCUGCAAACACUGCCCGUC